GAGAGAACACUGCCUCAGCUCUCCUUUCUCUCGGUUCACACUCGUACUCCGUGUGRUUUCCACCUCAGUGCUAAACCGAGCUACUUAAACUUUUCCACAUUGUUCCUCCGCGGACACCCUCGAGAGUUAGAAGGAAAGUUACAAAUGGAUCUCGUUCGUCCCCGCUGUUUAUCUCGGAACUCAGUUUUAAACUCGGGGAGCAGAUUUGUCUAAACUGCGGCGCAACUUCAAAAUAGCUCGACGGCGAAGUUGUAGCCGAGACGAGAUAAAGGAAUUCAGAUCGGCCCCUCUCGCUCCUUUUCAAGGUCAAAGUCAAGAUGUCUGUGAGCAACCACGAAAACAGAAAGUCUCGCUCCAGCUCCGGCUCCAUGAACAUCCAGCUCUUCCACAAGACGUCCCACGCCGACAGCCUGCUGACUCAGCUCAACCUGCUGCGCAAGCGGCGGGUCUUCACCGACGUUGUGCUGAAGGCCGGCAGCCGCUCCUUCCACUGCCACCGGGCCGUCCUGGCCUCCUGCAGUCGCUACUUUGAGGCCAUGUUUAGCGGCGGGCUCAGGGAGAGCCGAGACGCCGACGUCAACUUCCACGACUCCCUCCACCCCGAGGUGCUGGAGCUCCUCCUCGACUACACGUACUCGGCCAGAGUCAUCAUCAACGAGGAGAACGCGGAGUCGCUCCUCGAAGCCGGAGACAUGCUCCAGUUCCACGACAUCAGGGACGCGGCGGCCGAGUUCCUGGAGAAGAACCUCCACCCGUCCAACUGCCUGGGGAUGAUGCUGCUGUCGGACGCCCACCAGUGCCAGAGGCUGUACGAGCUGUCGUGGAGGAUGUGCCUGGCCAACUUUGCCACUCUCUUUAGAACAGAAGACUUCCUCGGCCUGCCUCGGGACAAAGUCCAAGAGCUGAUCCUCAGCGAGGAGCUGGAGGUAGAAGACGAGAGCCUGGUGUACGAGGCCGUCAUCGAUUGGGUGAAGGCGGACAUGGAGCGCAGACACAGCGAGCUCCCCGAGCUGCUGCGCUGUGUCCGCCUGGCACUGCUGCCCGAGUCGUACCUGCUGAACAACGUGGCCUCGGAGGAGCUGGUGAUGUGCCACAAGGUGGGCCGGGAGAUCGUYGAAGACGCGGUGCGGUGUAAGAUGAAGAUCCUCCAGAAUGACGGCAUUGUAACGGGGUUCUGUGCGCGACCGAGAAAAGUCAGCCAGGCCYUGCUCCUGUUGGGCGGACAGACUUUCAUGUGCGAUAAAGUCUACGUGAUCGAUAACAAGACCAAAGAGAUCACCCCAAAAACGGACAUCCCCAGCCCCAGAAAGGAAUGCAGUGCUUGUGCUAUUGGUUGUAAGGUUUACGUUACUGGAGGCCGUGGCUCUGAAAACGGGGCUUCCAAAGAUGUCUGGGUCUACGACACGUUACACGACGAGUGGUCGAAAGCGGCGCAGAUGYUGGUGGCCAGGUUUGGACACGGUUCUGCAGAACUCGACCACAUGCUCUACGUGGUGGGMGGGCACACGUCUCUGGCGGGAUCCUUCCCGGCUUCUCCGUCCGUGUCGCUGAAACAAGUGGAACAGUAYGACCCGCAGACCAACAAGUGGACCCUGGUGGCGCCGCUCCGAGAAGGRGUGAGCAACGCCGCCGUGGUCGGCGCCAAGAACAAACUCUUCGCCUUCGGGGGUACCAGCGUCAACCGGGACAAGUACCCCAAGGUGCAGUGCUUCGACCCCUGCCAGAACCGGUGGUCCGUCCCGGCCUCCUGCCCGCAGCUGUGGCGGUACACCGCGGCGGCUGUGGUGGGCAACCACGUCAUCGUGAUCGGAGGCGACACCGAGUUCUCCGCCAGCUCCGCGUACAGGUUCAACAGCGAGACGUAUCAGUGGUCGAAGUUUGGCGACGUCACAGCCAAGCGGAUCAGCUGCCACGCCGUGGCAUCGGGGAACAGACUGUAUGUGGUCGGGGGGUACUUUGGGGCCCAGAGGUGUAAGACGCUAGACUGUUACGAUCCAUCAUCGGACUCCUGGGACAGCGUGACUAGCGUGCCCUACUCGCUCAUUCCUACUGCUUUCGUCAGCACAUGGAAGUACCUCCCAUCGUAGAGACGCACGGACUCUAACCUAACCUGAUGUUUCUAGAUGAGCCAUGGUGUCUGGUAUGCAGAACUGUGUCUCUCCUCACUGAUUCCGAGGAGGAGGAGGGAGGAUGAAGAAGAAGAAGAAGAAGGGGUUUGUGUGUUCUUACUGCGGCUUCCAUCCUCCCUGAUGGAUUUUCAGCUGGGGGGCAAAGGCCUGUAAAGAGCCCAGAGACUGAAAGUCUGCGGCCUCUUCCCACCUGAUCUGUUUACUCGUCGAGCUCCUUGUGUAACUUUCCCAUGCGGCCCCCGCUGUCUGAGCAGGGCUGGUUGCCAUGCCAACCGCAGGGAUCUCGCAUUCAUCUCCGCUCCAAAAAAAAAAAAAGACCUGCAAACUUUCUUCUUUCUUGCUGGGACAAAUGAAACUACUGUGACUGUAUCAGCCCUGACGAACCCUGCGAGACGUGUUCACUUUCUGCCCCCCUCCUGACUCGUGUACUCAGGUGUGCAUCAUCUGGACUGCCGGGAGGCUAAAACUGGACUUUUGCUAAGCCUGGCGUUCGGAGAAGAGACCGAGGCAUUUUGUGGAAGUGUAUGAUUUUGUGCACCGAAAUAUUCUUCCUGUAUGUAUUUUAAGCGUUUGGACUUGGGCUUCCCUCAAUUUUGGUGAGCUAAAUUUGUACUUUCCUCCACAACUUAAAAAAAAAAAAAACAAGCUUACGUUGAGAGUAUUGCCCAUCAGGGCUGAAGGAGAUACUUCUCAAAAAAAACUAUGAUUUUGUCAGUUUUAUGUCUCAGGGUUUUCUUUAUUCUUGCCUGUAUACGUUCAAGGAAGGGUUACAUCUUUUGUUUGACUUUCUUGAUUUUAUUUAUUUUUUGUGAAUGUACUGUUUCUGUCAUGUAAAAAAAUGUGUUGUUUUGCUAAGUGAAAAUGUUUAGAACUCAACAUACGGCAACAUUUAGCUAAUUUUAGAGUUAUUUUGAAUUGAAGUAGCUAUAAUACAUUUUUUUGUACUUUAUAAAUAUCUGUAAUGGAAGUCUUUGUGUACAGUUGUACAUUCAUUUGUAAUGAAUUUGUAGAUGCCUCUGAUUUUGCACAAAUUUAAAGUAAUUUCUUGUUUGUCUUAACUUUUUCUUUCUUUGUCUUAACCCCGGAUUUGGCUAGAGUGAAUUAUCAAAACAUUAAAAAAAAUUUUUGUAGCAAACGUU